AUGGGGUUAUUGGAAGCUGUUGCUGAGAAUUUACGGGAAUGCAACACACUAGUAGCUGGCUAUCCUCGCAGAUCUCGCCGGCCUUAUGACUCUUACAUGUAUGCUGACAAGUGUAUGUUCGGUCGUCAUGUUGAGAGGGAGCAAAUCAUCGACUUCUUGCUUGAGGAGUAUGAUGAUUCUUCUACUCAAACCUUGCAUGUUCUACCGGUCAUCGGCCGCCAUAGGUCUGGCAAGAAAACCCUAAUGGAAAAUGUUUGCAGGGAUGAGAGGGUACGCAAUCAUUUCUCCUUGGUUUCUCUUCUGGACGGUGAUGAUUUAGAGGGCGAGAUGCUCGAAGCGCCCUUCAUGUCCUGCAACAGAGGAGUAACCAUCACAAACCAUGAUUUGCAGCUGAAGAGGCGCCUGUUUGUGAUUGAGUUCACCUUCAGUGUCGACGAGGAAUCAUGGAGAAAGUUCUACCAUCGUGCUAGCAACCUCAUGAAAGGAACAAGUAGCAAGUCCGGGAAGGGCAUAGACGAAUUGGGGGCGUACUACUUCCAGACGAGGAGCGACCUGCGGACGCCGUACAUCCCCGGGCUUGUUGGCGGGAAGUGA